GGCCUAUGCUCACUCAUUAGAUCGGCUUGCAUUUGAGCCAAGCCAAGCUUACAUUAAAAUGAGCCGAGCCAAGCUUAUAGGGUUGGACCGGUCGGUUCUAAAGGAAGACAAUAAAAUCGGGUUACAUAACUGAUAUUAAAAUGAGCGCGCGUUAAAUUUCUUUGAUUUCAAAUCGGAUCGAAAACCCUCUGAAAACCCCCCAAUAACCGCUUCCCACACCGAAAACACGCAGCGCCGUUGAAAAAUGGCGAGGAAGAAGAAGCAACAGCGCAAACAACCGGAAGAAAACUACGAACAUCUGUUCAGGAGCCACGCAGGCUUGACGAGCGAAGAAGAUUGGGAGCAAUUUUACACCAGUCGAGGCAGCGAUGAUUUUUUCGAGUGGUAUGCCGAGUGGCCCCAAAUCCAGAGCCUUCUCACGGAUCAGCUCCUUUCUCCGUCGUCGUUGCUGCCGGAAUCCUCCGGAGCGGCGGCGGCGCCGCCCGCCGUACAGCCCGGGGAGUUGAAAAUUUUGGUGCCGGGAUGUGGGAGCUCGAAGCUGUCGGAGCAUUUGUAUGAUGCUGGGUUUAAGCAGAUAACGAACGUGGAUUUCUCAAAUUAUGUGAUUGAAAACAUGUCGAAGAGGAAUAGCGAACAACGGCCGGAGAUGACGUGGCAUAGUAAUGACAUGACUAUUGUUAUGUUUCCGGGAAAGAGCUUCCAUGACGUUGUAGACAAGGGAUUAUUGGAUGCACUAAUGGUGCCUAAGCUCGGCUCUAAUGGUGCAUCAGGGAUUUUGUAUAUGUCUAAUGUCGGAAGGAUUCUAAAACCAGGCGGAAAAUUUAUUUGUUUCACCGUACCAGAAUUCGAUAUCUUAGAUGUACUUUUCUAUAAGUUUCGGUUCGGAUGGAAGACGAGUCUCUAUACCAUUUCUGAGAAACUGCAUACGAUUAUGGUGGUUGUUGAGAAAGAUAUGUGUGCUUCUGUUUCUGAGAUAUCAUCGAACAUGGAUGGAUACUCUGUUGCAAAUCAUGGGGAUAAGGCUCGUCAACUCAACAAAGCACUUGAAAAAGAACGAAAGUUUCGAUCAGAGUAUUCCGGUGGCAGUGUAUUACGCGCACUUAAAGACCUGAAUCUUGGGGAGCUUGAAGAGUAUGUACCAGGUCGUAGGAUAAAACUUAUUCUAGGUGAACCAGAAGGACCCUAUUUCUUUAAGGGUUUACUUCUUGAUGCUCAGCAAGAUCCUCUCUCGAUUCCCUUUGUUGUUUACGUCGUUCCAAGAACGAUAGCUGAAGACUGGUACUUCUCAUCAGAAGAAGGACAAAAUUGCCUUGCCACAAAUUUGAAGGCUGGUAGAGUGCUGCUUAUUUUUCAGGAUUCCAGCAAUUAUUAUACUUCUGUGGGGUUUAUCCGGGUAAUAUCCAACUGUUUUUUCAAUAGCUGUAAAUUUUUAGCUGGCAUUACAUUUGAUGGCUUCUUAAAAUUUUGGUUUUCCUCAUUUCAGUUACAAAUCGAUCACUUACUCAAGCAAUUGUCUCCAAGCCAUUGUCGUGAUGAAGAUCGAACUACAUUUAUGCUUCCAGAUGAAGAAGGGGAUUUCAGGCAGCAAAAAGUUAUACACUGGGCUAAAUCUAUGUUGACGGGUACAAUUACUGUAGACGAAGUGGUCUGCCGUAAUAAGCAUUCAUACGGUGGUGAUGAUGGUUCAGUUUUCCGUCGCCUUACUUUCGAAAGAUCGUGUGCGUUCUCGCAAUCAAAAGCUCUUUUAUCAAGUCAAGAAACUUCAAAAACCAAGAAGAAAGGAAAGCAGAACAAAUCUGGAGUCACAAAGCAUCGAGUUGAUCUCUACUAUUUGACAUUUCCGUACCACAAUGUGAUUAUUUCUGGAUUGAUGUUGAUUUCUCCACAUCUCAAAGGAUCUAUCUCCACUGGGUCCAAAGUGGAAACAGUGGUUAUCGGUCUUGGAGGAGGAUCGCUUCCUAUGUUCAUGAAGAAACAGCUACCUACUCUAAAUAUUCAGGUUGUUGAGAUAGAUGAUGUGGUUUUGGAUGUUGCUAAAAAAUAUUUCGAUUUUACAGAAGAUGAACGAUUACGGGUAAGUAUAAGUGACGGAGUUAAGUUUAUCCGGGAUAAAGCAGAUUCUCAGGCAGAAGGAGAAUCGUCUCGCAAAAUUGACAUACUUAUAGUUGAUGUGAACUCAUCAAGCUCAAGUUCUCCCUUGACUUUUCCUUCAGCAGAUUUUGUUGAUGAAACUUUUCUUCAGAACGCGAAAAACUCCCUUUCUGAUGAAGGUUUAUUCGUCAUGAAUUUGACCUGCUGGGACCCACUUUUGGGGGCUGCAAUACAUUGGAUUUUAAAGACGGUAUUUGGGGAAAACCUGCUCUCAGUCCAGCUUAACGACGACUCACCACAAGAAGUUGUUUUUGCAGUGAAGAACGAUUGUUGGAUGGUGACGAAGGAUGAUAUUUCUAAAGGUUGUUCUAAACUUGAAAGAUCAUUACAGAAGCAAGAUUCGGUCAACCGCAAGUGGACCGAAACAGUCAUAAAGGCAUCGAAAUCCAUGGUGAAGAGAGCACGUUUUGAUUUUGAUGAAAACUUUUGAGUCGAUAAUGUCUGUUUCGUGUUGUCUGUUUGAACUUUGAACUAUGCAAUGAUAAAUUUUUUUCCUAAUGAUCUACUGCUAUGUUUUAUAAAAAAUAAUAAAAAUAUAAAUAAAUAAAUAAAUCAUUAUAUAUGGAAUUUUGAUCCUGUCAUCAGUAGCAUGUGCAUGCAUUGCUAGUUGAAACUACUAAAAUUUUGUUUCUCAUAAAUAAAUAUAAAAAAAAGUCCAUAUAAAUAAAUAAAUAAAAAAUCACCCUCUCCAAGAAUUUAUUUCUGAAAUACAAAAUCUCCUCUGCAAAACAUAUAAUAUUAUGAGUAGUUUAUGUAUAUAAGUGUAUUAACUUUAUUUAUUUUUUCAAUUAAUAAAGUUUUUAAAGAGUUCACUUAUAUUAUUGUUUAAUAUUUGUAAUUAAGCUUCUGUAUUUUUUUAGAUUAAUUAAUAUUUUUUAUUUAUUUAUUUUCGUAUUUACAGAAUUCAACUUGAUUAUGUUCGUUUCAAUAACGACUAAUCAGUACUCAGCAGUUAGCCAGUUGUUAUUAAAGUUGAGAAAAUACAUUAAUUAAUUUACUAACGGAAAACAGUUACGU